AAAUGUAUUGCAUGUAUAAUAUUACGUAAAAAGGUGACUACUUUAGUUAUAGAAAUUAAUCAAAGCAAUGCUCCUUUGAGUAUGCAAGUAGUUUCUAAAAAAGUAACAAUGGUAAGUUUGUAUGAUUAGAAUUCCCACUUUAACAUCUCUAAAUCUGUGGAUAAAGCCACAGGGUCAACGACUGGUGAAAUCCUAACCCUUAAAACCUAGUGUUGAAGUCUUAAUUAGUUAUACUUCGUACUUUGUAUACAAUUUCUGUAAUAAAUAUUCAAACAUAUUAUCUAAUUGAUAAUAAAAAGUCAUCUACUCAUCUAAAUCCCAAACCCACAUUUUACUAUACUUACAUCAUUCACCAUCUUUAUACACUAUUUUAGCCCCCAACUUUUCAAGAUCAUCAUCACAUACACCCAAAAAAAUAAAAAAAAAUAAAAAAAUAAUCACUCUAAGUCUCUUAACACUUCUAUAAGAUUAAUAUAUGAAUAUUCCUCAAUAAUUUAUACACUAAUCCUUUCCUUAUCAAAAUUUUUUUUUAAAAAAAACCAUAUAAUAUAAUAAUAAUAUGAUCUUGGCUAUUAUUGUCUUGGCUUUGUCUGUCCUCUAGUGUAUUGCCUCCUUCAUCCCCUUUUCUUUUGGAUUUGCAUUUUUAUGCUCCCCAAAUUUUCUCUCUCCUCUCUUUCCAUUAAUGGCGGACCACUUCUUACUCUCUCUCUCUUCUUUAUAGCUCUUCAAUUCCGCCAUUGUUACUCUCUCUCUUCUCCUCCGAUCGACAAUUGCUUUUCUUUCAGAAUUUUGGAUGUAUUACACAUAAUCGUUCGCCCAUAAGUUGUUAAAAUUGGAAUUGUAAACUAGAAGAUGGAGCAGUAUGAUGUACUAGAGCAAAUCGGAAAGGGUUCUUUCGGUUCUGCUCUUCUUGUGAGACAUAAGCACGAAAGGAAGAAGUAUGUGUUGAAAAAGAUCCGUCUAGCUCGCCAAACAGAAAGAACUAAAAGAUCUGCUCAUCAGGAGAUGGAGCUCAUCCGUAAGAUACGACAUCCAUUCAUUGUGGAGUACAAAGAUUCCUGGGUUGAGAAGGGUUGCUAUGUAUGCAUAAUCAUCGGAUAUUGUGAAGCUGGUGACAUGCAAGGAGCUGUGAAGCGUGCUAAUGGGGUUCAUUUUUCAGAAGAGAAUCUCUGUAAAUGGCUUGUUCAACUGCUUAUGGCUCUUGACUAUUUGCAUAGGAACCAUAUUCUUCAUCGUGAUGUGAAGUGUUCAAAUAUAUUCUUGACAAAGGAGCGAAACAUACGUCUUGGUGAUUUUGGACUUGCAAAAAUGCUGACUUCGGAUGAUCUUGCAUCCUCUGUUGUUGGCACUCCCAGCUACAUGUGUCCUGAACUUCUUGCGGACAUACCUUAUGGUUCUAAAUCAGACAUUUGGUCAUUGGGCUGUUGUAUAUAUGAAAUGGCUGCCCUCAAGCCUGCUUUUAAAGCAUUUGACAUGCAAGCAUUGAUCAGUAAAAUUAGCAGGUCAACUGUGGCUCCUCUCCCAGCCAAAUAUUCUGGAGCAUUUCGAGGUCUUAUCAAAAGCUUGUUACGGAAGAACCCAGAACUUAGGCCCAGUGCUGCUGAGUUGCUCAGGCACCCCCAUCUUCAACCUUAUGUUGAAAAGAUUCAUCUCCAGACUAGGAAUCCUAGAUGUGAUGCUGUAGAUGAUAACUGGGAUGAUACUGAUUCUAAUUGUAUAGAUAAAGCAACAUUACCAGAAGCAGAAGAUGAAAGGACUGCGGAUCCCAGUAUAUCAGAAGCUGAGCUAGAUUCCUUUUACACUGAUGACAGAAUAAAGCCUACCUUGUCUGAUCUGGAACGAAGGUUGGCUAAAUUAAAGGCUCAAGAUCCCUUUAGAAGAGCUGCUGCUAUCGAACCAGUUCCUUCAAAAGUUUCAGAUGUUGCAAGAAAUCCUAAAUUGUCACGAGCAAAAACAUUUGGUACUAAUAAAAGACGACCAGAGCAGUCAAGACAUCAACAAUCGCCUCCUUCACGCACUCCUGUGAAACGAUCUGUUUCUGCAAACCGCACCCGAAGAGCAUCUAUGCCAUUAGCUACUAGAGCUGCAGUUUAUGAAUCACCUUGUAGACCUACUGUAGACAUCCUAAAGAGAAUCAAAUCUCCAGAUAUUUCUGUCAACUCACCUCGAAUUGAUAAGAUAGCUGAAUUCCCAUUAGCGUCGUAUGAGGAGUCAUUCUUCCUAAACCAAAGGAGUUCAAUGGUCUCCAGACAGGGUUCGUCAUCCCCAGUCUAUGGUGGUUGUUCCACUAAGGACAAAUUCUCAGUUAAAUUUUGUGAUAUAGGAAUGUCCAAGAAGAACUUCGACGGAAUGUGGGAGAGUAUUCGGGACAACAAGGUACAUGGAGAAGGGAAGGAUAAUGCUAAUUCUUCAGAUCAAAAUGCUACAGCUGGCGCUUCAAGCCAUGCUUCAUCAGAUAUGCGACGCAAUCGAUUUGACACAUCCUCUUAUCAACAGCGGGCGGAUGCAUUAGAAGGGUUGCUAGAAUUCAGCGCAAAGUUGUUGCAACAGGAGAGGUUUGAUGAACUUGGUGUUCUAUUGAAACCAUUUGGACUAGAAAAGGUUUCUCCGAGGGAAACUGCUAUCUGGUUGUCCAAGAGCUUCAAAGAGACCUCACCGAAGGAGGAAAGUUAGUUAACCAUUCAAUUGAGGAAGUUUAGUUUAUUUAGUUUGUCAAUAUUGGUUUCAUCUGUUCCCGGGCAAUGGAAGUGCUCUAAUGAGGGCCUGCUGCUGCUGAUACCACUUGUUGACAAGUUUUAAGCAUAUGCAUCUGUUAAUAAUUUUGACCUCUCCAGCUUUUAGAAAUGACCAGUAUUUGCAGAGGAUAUGGGAUCGGAUCACUGAUCUAAAUAAUCCUGUGAGAAAUACACAUUUAACGCGUUCUUUUUCCAGCUGAAUGCUGGAUCUACCUUUGUAACCAUCAUCGUGACAAACAUGAUAAUUCUUUCAUAUAUACAUAAUUCUUUUUGUUUGACCGUGUGUAAUGAGUAUCUAAUUUAUCUCAAAUUGUAAAUUGCAGCAACUUUACUUCCCCCUUGGACUUUCUCAAGUACAUAUGCACUAUUGUUUUUUUGUUUUUUGGGGGGUUAUAUUGCUUUUGUAAUCUAAAGAAUGCUUCAAGAGUUCAAGGCCUUCAACUCAAGUGAUACUCCGGAUACAGCAGCAUUCCAUCUUCUCCCGUCCUUCGGAAGUGCUUGUACGUGCAUGUAUAUGUAUUCAUUAGGUGCUUAAUUUGUUUUCCUUGGAGAGAUCUGAACCUCUGGAAAGCUCAGCUCCUUUUGUUACUUUUCUUCAUCAAUUAAUAAUAUUCCUCCUCCCCUCUA